CAUUGGGUGGCAGGCUGGCAGCUUUUUAAUUACUACUAGUCUUAUUUGUCUUAUGAGGUCCACCAAUAAGCGAUUCACAACUGUCAAAAGUUAAACACGCACGAUGGUUGGCACGUAUUUUGUGUCAAGAUGGUAAAAGAAGAAUAUAGAGAGGUGGUUAGUCGGUCGUAACAUGGGAUGAGAGCAACAAUAUCAAGAUUCAAGCCAACGAACAAAGAAAAAAUUUGAUCCAGUUUUUGAAACUCAUCCUCUCUUCCUCCUCUUUCUUUCAUCUCUGUGAGUUGAUAGAUAUAUAACUGCUAUUGCUCCCAAAUCCUGAGCAUCCACGGGGCAAUUGGAAACGCUCUCUCUUUAAAACUUAUUUUAAGCUCCAAUAAAAUACAAAAGUUCAUUUUAUCUAGCUAACUAGCAAGUAAUAUGAUCUACUGUAUAUAUUCAUGUCUCUCUUCCUCUUUCUCUAAGUUUCUUGUGUUUUUGCAAAGUUUUUCACUGUUGAUCAGUUUUAUUUUCCUUUCCAUAAUUGUAUUUCUGGGUUUUUGUUGUGCAGGCUUCAACUUGAGCUCAAUGCGGUCAAUGAAUGAGUUAGACAAUUCAAAGAAGUUAAUUUUGAUUCUGGCACCGCUGAAGUGAACACUGGAAAGAGAGACUUCUUAAACAUAUGCUCCAUUUUAUCUCCAUUUGGCUUCCCCUUGUCACAAUUUGGCAUCAACUACUGUUAUUGACUUUAAAAACCCAGGCUAAGAUAAUGAGAAUUCCGGAUCUUCCUCUAACUUGCUUUGCCAUGUCAUGCUCCAACAAAAUGUUAUCAGCAUUAUAUAUUUAUUGAGAAUGGAUAUCAAGCAAGCAGAGAGGAUAGUUGUUACCAAACCAGUAGCUACAAGGCCAACUUGUUCCACUUUUAGGUCCUUUUCUGAGCUCCUUGCUGGUGCAAUUGAUGACUCACCCCACGAAACCUGUUCUGAGAUUGCAGUUGCUGCCAUAAGACCAAAGACAGUGAGGUUCAAGCAAAUGGUGAGUUCUGCUCCCGGGGGUGCACUUUCUUCCCAGGCUGAGUUCUCUGGAACACUGCUAAAUUUUAAUUCAAAUCAUGAAGCGUCUAAGUUGGACACAAAAGCUACUAUGGUAUAUAAACCACAAGCUAAGUUUGUGUCAAAGACGACUGUUUCUCUCUUGGCAAAUAUGGGCAACUUCAAUAGCAGUUAUCAACAGAGGCUAUCAUCAGUGGAGACUCAUGUUCCAUGCCCAAACAAAGAUAUACAGAUUAAUGUCCCAUCCCAGCUAGGCAAAACCCUUCAGAUUGCAUCGCAUACCGAAAAUGAUCAGUCAAUUGAACCCCAGAAAAUAGCACUGCAGAACCUAGAGGAGGUUCCAAAUCCUCCUCCUCAUGCACCAAAUGGGGAUCGACCAUCUUAUGAUGGUUAUAACUGGAGAAAGUAUGGGCAAAAGCAAGUCAAAGGAAGUGAAUAUCCAAGAAGUUACUAUAAAUGCACCCACCCAAAUUGUCCUGUGAAAAAGAAGGUCGAAAGAUCAUUUGAUGGACAGAUCGCAGAAAUUGUCUAUAAGGGUGAACACAACCAUUCAAAGCCUCGGCCCCCAAAGCGCAACUCAUCAGCAACACAUGGUUUAGUACCUCUAUCGGAUCCUUCUGCUCAUGAGACAAAUGAUACAUCGUGGUGUAAUCUCGCGGAUGAAAGAAAUGAAGAUUCUGAAGUUAGAGUAAAAAAUCAAUAUGUGGAGGGAUUAUCUACCUCAGCUUGUCAGAACAUAGCUUUAUUAUCUUCUAAUCCUGUUGUAACUGGAAGAAUUAAUACUGGUGCUGGAACUUCUGACAAUUCUUGUGGAGUUAGUGCGGAUUGUGAUGAAGGAAGCAAAGGACUGGAUGGAGAGGAUGAUGAAUCUAGAAGCAAAAGAAGGAAAAGUGAGAAUCAAUUCAAUGAAGGAGGUGUAUCAGGGGAAGAUAUACGAGACCCCCACAUUGCAGUACAAAGUUCCAUGGAUUAUGAAACUCUGGGGGAUGGUUUCCGCUGGAGAAAAUAUGGGCAGAAGGUUGUAAAGGGGAACCCGUAUCCCAGAAGUUAUUAUAGAUGUACCAGUCUCAGCUGCAACGUGCGUAAGCAUGUGGAAAGGGCAUCGGAUGAUCCAAGGGCUUUUAUUACGACAUAUGAAGGAAAACAUAACCAUGAGAUGCCUAUCAAGAAUACGAAUUUGGUGCCCUCAGAAUCAGAUUCACAGGCCACUACUAGUUGAGACUUGAGAGAAAGGAAACCUAAUCAACCUGGCAUUUGAUCAUCACAAACAAGCAAAAAUCAACAGCAGCUGCAUCAUAAUAACUGAGUACUCUGAAGUCUGAAAUGAGAGUUUAUUUGUGGGUAAUGAGUUAUAUAACUUAUAUCAUAUUUCAUCUACGUCUUUCCUUCUAUUCCAAGUACCAUGUUCUGUUUCUCGUUUGAUUACUUUUCUGCUUUGUGUAGUUAUGUUAUCUUUGGAGAAGUUGUAUACAAAUUUCACUCACGUACUUGUCGAGCAAAAAAACUUAUUGGUAUUUUGGUGCAUUGACAUGA